AGAGAGGCUUUCUUAAUGGAAAUCUUUUCCCAGAGCAUGUUCACAUCUGGUCUCUUGUUUUGCUCUGUUCAGCCCAGGAGGGAAAGGAGGAUCAGGGACAAGAUGAGGAUGGCUGUGUCUUGGUCAUAGGUGGGAAAAAUGAGCAAGGAGCUGUUCCACAUUUUGCCUGGGCCUACAUACAGUUGGCAGAGGCUUUCUAGGUCUCCACUUUCCCUGUGAAACCAGAGUGGCAACUAUGGGGCUGGGAAGGGUUGAUGUCAGGUUGUGGGGUUUCAGGACUAAAGAGAAGGGACAGGGAAAUGAGGGAGAAAGAGAGGAGACUGCUGAUCUGGUCUUCUGUCUCCAGGCACGGCCCCUGACACGCUACCUGCCAAUCCGAAAGGAGGACUUUGACCUGAAGACCCAUAUUGAGUCAUCAGGUCAUGGGGUAGACACCUGCCUGCACGUGAUACUCAGCAGCAAGGUCUGCCGGGGCUACUUGGUCAAGAUGGGCGGGAAGAUUAAGUCGUGGAAGAAGCGUUGGUUUGUCUUUGACCGGCUCAAGCGGACCCUUUCCUAUUAUGUGGAUAAGCAUGAGACGAAGUUGAAGGGUGUCAUCUACUUCCAAGCCAUCGAAGAGGUGUACUAUGACCACCUGCGCAGUGCAGCCAAGAGCCCAAACCCAGCCCUCACCUUCUGCGUGAAGACCCAUGACCGACUGUACUACAUGGUGGCCCCAUCUGCAGAGGCCAUGCGCAUCUGGAUGGAUGUCAUUGUCACAGGGGCUGAGGGCUACACUCAGUUCAUGAACUGACCACCGUGGUCUUCUUGACCCCCAUGGCAGCCCAGGACUCAUGCCGAGUCACCUGGAGAGAGUUGCACACUGGGUGCUGGCCCUCAUGCUCCAGGGGCUUUUGUGUAAGAAGACUUUGUAAUGAUGUAUGAGGAGCCUGGUGUUGUGAGGUUCUGGGUUCAGGUCCUUGAAGAACCAGCCAGAGAGGAAGGGGUGGGGGCCGACUUUGCUGCCUCCCAGGAGCCCAGAAGUUUUAGGGUCCCUCCUGGGCAUGCAGGCCUGAGGAGCUGUCACAGAGAGGGCCUCUCAACUCUGACCUGGCAUCUGCUCUCUACAGCCUGUUUUCUUUUUGUAAAGGACAAAUUAUGGUACCAGAAUCUGCCAAAGAUCCCCUCUUGCCCCAACCCCUCUGCAGGGGCCCAGGGGGCUGAGCAGAAGAGCCACAUCUGGAGUAGGGUAGCAGCUCAGGAGAAGCACUGCUCAGCCCUGCUCUGCCUCGCUGUUCUCCUUCAUUUGUACUUUUCAUUACUUUGCUCAGAGGCCAGAGACCUCAGGUAUCAUCCUUGAGGUCCCAGCCCCAUCCCCUUUGCAGACCCAUCACCAUGGUCGCCAUGGUGACUACUUCAUCGUCAUGGUUACGUACUAACUGCUGUGGCUAGCUCCAUGGCUCAGCUCACUGCUUCAGCUGUGGUAUGUGAGGGUAUGUGAGGGCAUGUGAGGGUAUGUAUGUGCCGUCAUCUCUCCAGCCCAUGCCCAUGGGCAUCUCACAUGGCAGGAGGGGACUGAACACCUCCCUGCCCCCUGCCUGUGUCUCCGGCCCCCUAUUCCAGCCUUCUCCCUUCCACUCGUGCCUUGCUUAGAGCCAGAAGGGAUGACACCAGGGGACCCACCUCCAGAAAAGCAGCAAUUUGAUUGGCAGAGGAAGCUAGGAGGGCCCUCCUCUGGUCCUGACGGGGUUGAGUUCCUGACAGAAGCACGGUGCCCAGGGUCCCCCCGGAGGGAAUGAGUGAGUGGAGGGAGAGCCAGAGGCAGAGGGCCCUGAGCUGUGGCCACCUUCUCUUCAACCUCCAAAGGAUGACAGAAAAAGAGGGGAGGGUCAAGCCUCCAGCUGGCCUCAACCCUUUGCGCCUUAACACUAAGCCCUCCUCCCCAGCACUGGGCCCUUGGUCGCCUGGGUCUGGGAUGGGAGUUUUGCAGUAUUUGUAAACAUUUCAGCAGAACAAUAAAGCAUUUUGGACUCUGUAAGUGUGUGGAAGACCAGGAUGGGUUGGGUAUCAGCCGGUACUUGGGGUGGUAGAGCUUAAUCUUCCCCAGAACAAGAUCUACACCCUAGUAAAUGUUCCAGGAGGGACUCAGGCUGCAGCCCCUGACCUCACGUCCCCACCCUGUACCUGAUGCUCUGUAAACAGAC